AUGAGGGCUUUUGAGACUCCGGGAGGUUUGCCUCCUCAGCAGUUGUUCGGCGUCAAGUGUGCCGUGGCACCGAUUCGCUGUGCCGAGGCAAUGAUUCUCGAGUGGAUGGCUGAGCCUCGUGUGGGCGUGCUCAUGGACCUGGGGAGGAUCAGAUCCCUUUAUCCUGCUAUCAUGGCCCAGCUGGGGGCUGGCAGGCAGGUGGAGAACGAUUGCGUAGCUUCCAUGCUGGUGCAGGUGCUGGGGGUGAAAGAGAGCGCUGAUCUGCAGGAAGGGUUUGGUGCUCUCAUGCAGAAUCUGCUGUCAGGCGGGCUGGAAAAGGCGCAUGCAGCUGAAAAGGGGAGUGAGGGAGCUGGGGGAAUGGGUGCUGAGAAGACACAUGAGGAGGAAGGGGGAAUAAGGGGGGAGACUGCUGAGAAGGCGCAGGGGGAGGAGGGAUGGGCGGAUGGCGAGGUGAUGGAUAGGGGCGGGGGCAUGGAAAAGGAGGAGGAGCAGGGGGUUGAUGAUGCUGAGCAUGGUGGUGGGGAAGGGUCGGAGUUCCGGUGCAGCCACUGCAGUGAGGGGGGCAGCAGCAAUAGUGGUGACGUGCAGGUGAAUGGUAUUCCCAAGGGCAUGUAUGUGAGUGGGGUCAGCGCCACGGAUAUUGCUCUUGCUUUUGCCGAAGAGUUGUCUAAGGCAGAGCGCUGUGUAGACGCCUGUAUGCUCGGUGCCAUCCCGAAGCCUCUAACUGCUGAAAGUCUUCCUAUAGAGUGGGAGGAAUGGCCACAUGGUGAUGAAGCUGCUUCGAAGCUUCCUGAUGAUCCCGAUGCAAGAUUCUACCUGCUGGGUUUUGUGGAGGAGAGUGCAACGGGGGUGGAGAGUGAGCAGAAGAGGGUAACAGAAGAAGCAUCAAAGGCUGGGAGGAGGCACAAGAGGGGGAAGGUGCGAGGAGCCAAGGCACCAUGCCAAGCAAGUGACGGCAGUGGCAGCGUUGCAAACAGAGGGCAUGGUGAAGAGCAAAGGGCCAGUUCACAUGCAUGCGGCAUGGCUGUUGCAAGGCCGCCUUUUAGAAGGAAGCUGCCCAUCGUGUGCUGCGUGGCAGAUGCAGAUUUUUUUGUGGAGGGGGUCGGCCGGUUGAUGAGUCCACCGGCAUGUGCUCAAUGCAUCCAUUGCUACCGCAGUUUCUACAUCCGCAUCCCAUCCAUCGCCCUCAUUGCCAAGUUCGCCUAUUGCCCCCUCUACGUUCUCUUCAACCGCUUCUUAUCUGUCUUCCCGCCACACUCUGCUGGGUUUGAUGCACUUUUGGAGAACAUGGGGUUGCCGCCGUUUCCCUCAGGCUCGCCUUCACGUACCAACCUUGCGGUUCUGUGCGUGAACAAGAUGGCUGUGACGGGGAGGAAGAGAGGGAAGGCUCGGCGAGGGAUGGGAAAAGGAGGGGAGGAGGAGGAGGAGGAGGAGGAGGAGGAGGAGGAGGAGGAGGAGGAGGAGGAGGAGGAGGAGAAUGAUGGAGAGGUGUGGGAGGAAUUGGAUACGUGUGAGGAGCAACAGAAGAGGGCGGACGUGAACGCGAGGACUGCUGAUAUGGUCAACACAGGUGCGGCGAAGAUCCGCAGAAAGACGGUGCAACACGGCGGUGCUGUGGAGAGCAGUAGCACCGGCAGCACCAGACGUGAUGUAGUCAUGGAGAGUGGCACUACUGGUGCUGGCAGCGUCAGUGGCGGUAGCAGUGGCAGAGGAGGCGAUGGUGCUGGCACCAGUAGAGAUGGUGACGAUGCUGAUGGUGGCAAGUGCAAAGAGGGAAAGGGCAAGAAGGGGGAGCUGCCGGCUUAUUUGAAGGCAUGGCCGGGGGGGGGGGUCAAGCUGGUGGCAUGUCUGCGAGAGUUGCUGCUGGGGGAGCCGUGCUACCACCCUGCCUCUCAUGCUUCCCCUUCCGUCCCUCCUCCUGUUGUGAACACCUCUGGUGCAGUUGCUGCUGCCUCGUUCCACCCACCUGUGCGAAACCUUGCUACCACAUCAGCCUAUGAUGCUUCUUCUACACAUGUCACCCCAACUACUGGUGCUGCAACAGGCACUACAAGAACAGCUGUACCCAUUGCAGAUGAAGAGGCCAAUUUUCCUGAUGCUUACAAGGAGAGUAGGUGUGGUGAUGUGGGGUGUGGUAGGGUGGAGGGUGGUAAUGUGAAGCUGAGGAGUUGCGGUGGGUGUGGCAAGGUGCCAUAUUGCAGCAAAGAGUGCCAAAAGGCGCACUGGCCCUCCCACAAGCACACAUGCCCCGGUAGGACCAGUAGCCGGGGUGGUGGCAGCAGCAGCACUGGCAAGGUGGGUGGCAAGGCGAGCAGUGGGGGUGUUGGGAUGUUUGCUGCUCUGCUUGUUGCAAGUCAUCCAUAUUGUGCAGCACUGCUGAGCAUUCUCAGAGGUGCCUAUAAUAGGAGUGUGCAUGAAGUUCCCUUGCAGAUGGCUGGGUUGGGCCCUUUGCUGCUGUGUGCCGCCGUGCUUGCAGUUGUGCUUGCUGCCAGAUAUGAACCUUGUGUUGCAGCAGCUGCACUGCUUGAGAAGCAAAUGUAG